GACGAGAUGUGGGCUGAACCUCCUCACAUCACAGAGCCUCAAACGCACCUGUUGCUGGGAACUUCCAAACAUCUCAGCGGGAGAAGUAGAUUUUCCACCGUUUCCAAAUGUUCUCAAAGACGUCAUUUCCGUGGGCAGCGGAAGUUAUAAGUGUCCACAGAAAUCGGUCCGUGCGGGAGCAACAAUCACAUCCAAGAUGGAGCCCGCUAACGCUGGACAUAUGAUGAGUUUAGCAGCGCUCCAGAGACAGGACCCCUACAUCACCAAACUGCUCGACGUUACCGGACAGGUGGCUCUCUACAACUUCAACUCCAAAGCGAACGAAUGGGAAAAGACCGAAAUCGAGGGCACCCUGUUUGUAUAUGCGAGGUCUGCCUCUCCUCGCCACGGCUUCACCAUCAUGAACCGACUGAGUACAGAGAACCUGGUGGAGCCGAUCAAUAAAGACCUGGAGUUCCAGCUGCAGGAUCCCUUCUUGCUCUACAGGAAUGGCAACUUGGGCAUCUACAGCAUUUGGUUCUACGAUAAGAGGGACUGCCAACGCAUCGCUCAGCUCAUGGUCAAGAUUGUGAAACAGGAAGCAGACCACGCCCAGAGGAAGUCACCAGAGAGGGCGGAGCCGGGGAGAACCAACGGCAUGGCAGAGCCCCAACCCAUCGACAUCCUGGAGCUGCUCAGCAAAGCCAAGGAGGAAUAUCAGAGAGCCCAGGCGGGUGAAGCAGACGUGUCUACAGAUGUGACUGUAAAAGCAGCUAUCAUCCCUACAGAGCGUGCCCACAGCGCUCCCCAACCCGAAAAGAGCUCUCAUAUGAUGGUGAAGCAGAUCACGGUGGAGGAACUGUUUGGCUCGUCUCUCCCUAAAGACCCCUCUCUGCCCUCCAUGCCCCCUCAGAAUGCCUCUUCCUCCCAUGAACCCUCCACCGCCUACAUCCACAAACCUCCGUACCCUCCUCCAGCCCACCAGAGCUCACUCCUCCCUCCCCAGCUGGCAGCCCAGGACCCCGGGUCCAACCAGCGGCUCCAGGGCCCCGGCCUCCUCCCGGCUCCGUACGCGCUCCACCCCGGUCCCGUUUUCCAGUCGGUGGUCUCCAGGUCGGACCCCCAGCCUCACUGCUCCGUCUCCCCUCUCAUGCUGCCUCCGGCCGGCUCGGAGCAUCGUGCCGCCCCCCCCGGUCCCUCGGCUCCUCCAGCGGCUCCUCCAGCCUAUCUGGGUCAGGAGAUACUCAGCACGCUGAAGGCGGCGGUGCCGUCGGUAAACUCGGACAUUCACAAACCCAUCCUGGCCCCCAGCUUCCUGCCCAGCACGCUGGUUCCCCCCUACAGCUUCCAGGAGCCGAUGGGGAAACCUCUUCUGCAGCACGGCAAAGACAUGGACGUUUUCUCUCAGCCUGCAAACCUGAUCAAACCCAUGUCUGCCGUCCCCAUGAGUCCAGCUCUGGCUGUUCUGGGGUCGGAGGUUUCGGUGCUCCUCUCCCCCAGUGCCUUCCAGCAGGCGAUCAAUAUGACGACGGGGGCCACAUCGGGGGCCCCUCCUGCCCCCUCUGAGUCCUCCUCGGCCUCUGGAGGAGCUGCAGAGCCUCCAGCCUGCAGCAAAGCACAGCUCCAGGAGACUCUGAUUCACCUCAUCAAGCAUGAUGCAGACUUCCUCUCUGCCAUCCAUGAAGCUUACCUGCACACUCUGUCCAAGGACUUCAGCAGCAUGAAGCUAUAGUCCUGCUCCUCUCACCACCACGGCUUCUUCUGAGCUUCAACCCUUCAUGAAGGCACCAGAGGAUGAGUUUAAAGAAGUGCAGCGGACGGCUUUCCACACCACGACUCUUCAGAACUCAUUGUUAUUAUUGGAGCAUGCACUGAAACCAUUUAAGCCCCGGAUCGAGUCAUCGUCAAACCAGAACUACUGUGGGAAAUGAGGAGGAGGUCCAGGUAUUCUCUGGAGGAUGGGACCGCAGUGAAUCAGAGACGCUGCCUCUCAUCACACGUCUGUGGAGUUCUUUGGGUCCAGUAUGGGGAUGUUUGAUACCGCCUCUCCUCCGACUGCUUAUGGAGACGAAGCUCUGAGUUGUGGGACCUCAGAGCUCCUUUAGGGGUCUUUGUAGAGCCGCCGUCCCUCCGUGUGACUUUAAAAAGAGCUUCUCAGAAAACUGAAGCCUGUAUAUUUUUUAUGAAAAGCUACAGAGAAUCUGAACAGCCGGUGCAGUUCUGUGGCGUUUUGUGUUUGGAGGAGAACUUCUGUAAAUGUUGGGAGAAGCACUUGCAGCUACAGACUAGAAAUCAUUUUUUUGUUGUUUUUUUAAACUUGUUCUGGACUGUGAGAUGUUUCUGACGACUCAAACGCACAAACCAGCUUCUUUGCUGCCUGUCUCCACGUCUCCCCUCAUCUUCACUCUCUCUCUGUGCAUCUCCUCCUCCAGCUCCAUCCAUCGUGAUGCUUGAUGUUCUCAGAGGGCAGUUUGUGCAGUAGAUGAGAGCCGCCACGCCUUUAGGGAAACCAGCAUUCUGGGAUGUUUUAGGACGUAGAACUGCACUCACCUCUGGGUUCUGCAGUCGAUCUGAUUUAAAUCUGAAAAAAUGCAAAUGAUCUGGGAUUGUUGUUGAUAUUCAGCCCUAAUAUUAUUAUUACUUUGUUUAAAAUGAGCUUCACUCUGCUCCACAGAUCGUAUGCAAAAAUAAGACCAUUUGCAGAGCUGAUGAUGUUAUCGCAUGACUUUUACUAAAUCAGCGGAGAGAAUUGUGACUCAGAUUGUGAAUUGAGAGUCUACCUGAAAACAUCAUGUUAACUUCUGGCCCAACUGCCCAACCUGGAGAGGUCAACGAGCACAAAUCUAUAUGGAUUAAUCAUGACAAAUCUAAACUGCCUCUGUUCCCGUUUUUCCAUUUAUUUCUCCAGAUGAGACAAAGAGAGAAGCUUGAACUGGGUUUUUAUUUGCAGUAAGAGGACUCUGCAUGCGUCUGGUCGUCAUGUGGAACGCUGAGCGGACGACAAAGAUCUAAUGUACAGAAAAACACAAAGAUCACCUUUUUUCUCUCCCGUCACAAAAUGUUCAGCACACAUAAGACCAUGAAAACUGUCUAGAAAUUAAUAUAAAAGUAUGAAAAUGUCGUUUUUGGACCAAUAUGCAGAAUUAUUCAACAUGAAAAUAGUUUUUUUUUUCUUUUUAAGUUUCAGUAUAAAAGCCACAGAUUGUGUUCUUCACUUUUUUUUUUUUAAUUUUAGUUCAGAAAAUCUUUUUUUAAAAUGAGUGAGUGGCAUGAAUUUGUGCAUAAAUCCUGGAUUGUGACGCCGGUCCUGCUCUUUGAAUGUAUUCGGUGUUUACUCGUCCUGCUUCCAUAACUUCACUUCUUUUCUUUUCCUCCCUUUUUUUAUUUGGCAAAAUUAAAAUUCAGAAUGUAAACUCACACGCCUGCAGCCAGAGAGCAAAUCAGAUGGUUUGCUGACUUUACUGCCGUCUGAUAACACUUCAACAGAUUGUUUUUAACCCCAGUCACAUAUUUAAGACUUUAAGAUUAUUUUACACUUUUGGUUUAAUUUAUCUCAUUGGCUGAGAGAUGAUUUUGGAAAAUGUCUUUGGAAGUUUAAUUUUCUAAGAUGGUUUGUCACUGUGCUUAAUUUGGUUUAUUAUGGAUAUUUUGUUAUAUUAAAGAUUUGAGAAUAGA